GGAACUACUACGCCAUGUAUCGAUACAUGUAAACAGAAAGGGAAAUAAGGUGACUUUGGUUAGUAGCAGCUCGGAUUUAUAUUUAUACUGUAAUUCAAGGCUACCUUUUCAAUAACUGUUUGAAAAUACACUUAUGUGAGUUGUUUGGCUGCAGUCAUUUCCGUUUUAUCAUAAUGGUCCGAAGAGACAGUCACAAUGUCUGUUAAAAACAAACUCUUGUGCAGCUGACUGUCUGCUCAGCACUAGCAGCGAGUUUCGUAUAUUUUAUAAUUGUACAGCUGCAAAACCGCAGACUACACACACCCUCAUACCAACAGGCUGAAGUACUCUGCGUGGCACCAGCAGUGAGUAACUCAUUCAUCCUCUCACUCCAUGUGUCCCCAGGCACUGAGAUCCUAUGGGUGUCCAUGGUCUGACCACCUAUGUGGAGGGGAACAGAAACUUCCUUCAAGAUGUGAGGUUUAGGGACAGUCGCCUUGUUAUUGAUGGCUGCAGUCUGUACUUCCGCCUCUACUUUAACCACGGGUUGGAUCAGCAGCAUGGAGGGGACUAUGAUGCUUUUGCUUGCCUGCUCACCCAGUUCCUGUCUGCAUUGGCGGCAUGUAACAUCCAACCAUAUGUGGUACUUGAUGGAGGGAUUGACCCCAGUGACAAGAAGUUUCCCACGCUGCGUCAGCGUCUGCAGUCCAAGAUAAAGGAGGCGGACAGUCUCUCCCAUGGGCGCAAUGGCUCUGUUCUCCCUAUCCUCACAAGAGAUGUCUUCAUUCAGGUCCUCAUCCAGAGAGGGGUCCCACUGGUCCAGUGUCCAGCAGAGGCUGAUUGGGAAAUUGCAUGUCUGGCUCACCAGUGGAGCUGCCCAGUUCUGACCAAUGACAGCGACUUUUAUAUCUUUGAUCUGCCAGGUGGUUACCUGCCACUCCAUUAUUUCCAGUGGACUAACCUGAACGGUAAAGCCACUCAGCGCUACAUCUCAGCUCGGCGCUACACCACUAACGGGCUGUGUCGCUGGUUUGGGGGCUUGAACAGAGAGUUGCUACCUUUAUGUGCUGUCCUGGCUGGCAAUGACUAUGGCACUCCAAAAGAGGCUGAAGCACUGCUGGGUCUGUUAAAUGUGAGUGCAUUAGGGAGAGGAGGUGGCAAGGGUAAAGGCAGAGCACCCACUUCCCGCAUUGAGGGCACCCUCCUGUGGCUGUCCUCUUUUUCAAGUCCAGCCGAGGCCCUGGAGGAAGUGAGUAGGCUAAUGGGUCAGGAAGGUGGAGGCAAGAGAGGGCAGAAGGGCGGGCUCAGUUCACAGCUGUGGGCAGGUAUGCAGGAGUACCACAUCACUCCUCAAAGCUCCCUGGCUCGCUGGUUCUCAGGUAAGGCAGCUCCUGGAGGGACCUCUGGGCUGCCAGAGUGCCUGUCGCUGGCUGCAGCACAGGGGCUGUUGGCUCCUCUGGUGGUAGAUGCUCUUGUGAUGCACAGAGUUCUGCUCAUCCCACAGGUGGAGAACAGCAAGCUAACCAGCAGCCAUUGUAGUGCGAGCGCCAUACGCCAGGCUACAUAUGGGAUAUUGCUGCAGAGAGGCCCAGACGUCCACUCCCAGGAUGUGAGGGUACAAGAAAACAUCAGAGGUGGGAGAGGGCGAGGGGGAAGGGGGCGGGGAGGUGGUCAGGUUGGUGGAGGUAGGGGUCUGGGCACACAGCAGGGUGUAAAUGUAGGAUUUAGCAACGAGCAAACGGCUACAGUGUCGCCUCAGGGCCCUAGUGCCACCAUGUGUGUAGAGGAGUAUGACCGUGUGGAUCUGAACUUAAAGAAAAACCAAGUAGAGGCACGUCUACUCAGAACCCCCUUACGUCUAGACACACUCGGCCAGGCACCUGUGGCAGUUCGUCUUGGUGUCCUGUUAGAAGUCUUGGGGACCAAGGAGUCUGCCCUGGCUCCUGUUCCUGUCCACCUGAAGCUGGCUGUAGCAGUGACAGCAUUCUGGCUGCGAGAGGCCGUACCAACACCCUCACAGCUCCAGCUACAGGCUUUGGUGCUGGGUAUGGUUCACGGAGAGCUGUCUUGGAACAACCAGCCUGGAGCUCCCCACUACCAACAUACCAUCCCACAGCUAAACUGGGCUGCGGAGCGUAACGUGUGUGCCGGGCUGGAUCGACAGCGUGUGAGGCCAGGGGAGAGACGAGGCCUGGAUGUCGGAGUGGCUCACGGUUUCAGCCAAUGGCAGGCCUGCCUCUGGAGUGCACUGUGUCUCAACCAGCUAUUGCUGCUGCCGCUGCCUGAUCCCCACAUAUCAUGUUUGUACAGUGGCACCUUGGUGCACGGCCUCAUCAGGUAUCUGAAAGGAGGCCGAGCUGCUGAGACCCUCCUGGCCGGCGGUUCCUUGUCUGGACAACUGUACUCCUCCCUGCUGGAUGCUGUGAGGAACUGCAGCUCCAAACCCCAUUCUUCCUCUUCGGCAGCAGGGAGGAGGAAGAGAGGCGGAGGCCGGGGAAGGAGGGGAAGAGGGAGAGGAGGAGGAGGGAGAGGAGGAAGGGGAGGGGGGAGAGGGUCUGAAGAGAUAAACAACAGGUUUGCUCUCCUGAUGAGCGAGGAAGAGUCUGAUGAAGAUUGAUGAGAAGGCGGGGAAAAAUGAACUGAUUCAUAUGAAGCACUUGUUGGGGCCAAAUGAGUGAGGACAUUCCAGUGUUUUAUUAAAAACACUCAAAAAGUCAUUUCUCAAGUGAAGAACUACACCUCUUAAUGCUGACCACUGAGCUUCUACCUUUAUGACUGUGUUGCACUAAUUUUACCUUUGUUACUAAUAUUAUUCUGCCUAUGAAAAUGUCUGUUGCCCUCUCAAAUCAAGUAAUAUAUCAGAUCAGUUCCCCGAAGCACACUCUUGCCAUGUUUUAGCAGAUUUAUAAGAGCUUUUAUCAAACUGUAAUCAAUGCAUGUUUUCAACCUGACAGUUUUAGUCUACAUAAAACAGUAAAUGUCUUAUUUUAUCACUUCGUUGACCAGAAAUUGUAUGGCAGCUAUUGUCAUCUUAAUCAGCAACUUAUGAAAUAUUUUUCAUAUC